AUGGAACAAAUUGAAGAUUCAAGAAGCUUCGCAGAGGUAGUCGUUCACACUGUUUUAAUCAGUCAAGCAAUGGUUCUGUCACUAUUAGGAAAUUCAAUUUUCUGCCUCGCCUUUUAUCGAAACAGAAGACUGCGAACCAUCACCAAUAUAUACCUGCUUUCUCUUGCAAUGGCUGAUCUAACGGUAGCCACCUUUGUGUUUCCGUCAGUUCUACUCGCUUCUGGUCUACGCAGAUGGCCCUUCAGUCACGGCUUCUGUCAAUUUACAGGUUUACUCACAACUUUCUGGGCUGAGUUUUCGCUUCUUAUUCUCGCAAUAACAGCGAUUAAUCGUUAUUUUUGCGUCGUGAAACCACAACGAUAUGCCUCCCUUUUCACCAGAAAGAAUUCUAUCAUAUCAAUCUCUUCGGUUUGGAUUCUCCUAUGUAUUUUUUACGUUAUAUUUCAUGACGUCGUAUACAUCAUCUACAAAUGGCAACCAAAAGAUUUAUAUUGUAGAGGGACUUACGGCUGGUGGAGAUUUCAUAAAAUGUUUCAGGUAGCUUUUGCAUGUCUUAAUUUCGGGUCGAUGUCCAUGGUGUUUUCUGCUUAUGGCAAGAUCCUUCUUUUCGUAAGAAGACACAAUAAUGCUGUUCUCCCUUCACUACAAGGUUCAAGGAACUUCCAGGGAACGUUUAGAGUGCACGAGAUGAAAGCUUUUCGAGUUUCAUUUGCGGCAGUGUUCAGUUUCUGCGUUUCUUGGAUUCCUGCAGGCGUUCUGAUCAUUCUAGAAUAUGGCUUCGCUGUGUCUAUACCUUCGACCGCGCGGUCAAUUCCUUUUUUGUUCGCUUCUACCUCGGCGUGGAUUAAUCCUGUAAUCUAUGGCGUCAUGAAUAGGGCCAUGCACAGGGAAUAUAGAAAUAUUAUUUUCUGUCGGAAAGAAAACUGA